CAUGAAGUAAACCUCAAAACCACCACGAAGUUUCUAAAUCCCUGCAAGUCAUUUGAUACAAGACCAUCAGAAACAAGAGAAACAAGAAUAACAUAUCAUCCUCAUCAAUCUACAUACUAGUAACUACUAAGUGAACCAUACCUUACCAUCAAAAUGACCGAAACCAGCCCCAUCUACAACACCAUCGCCGCCAUGGACGCCGAAGACGACGCAGCAGCCCACAACACCACCGCCGCCACCGACAGCGCAACCACCGCCUACGGCGCCCACGCAGCCCGCAGCGCCACCGUGGCCGACAAUAAUGACGAAGACGACCAUCCGCUCACCAGCUCCCAUCUCGCCGGCUAUGUCUCCACCCAAGACUCGGACCCGGCGGCCGCCCGGCCUCGAACCUCUGCAUACAACAACCCGCGGGACCAGGUGGUGUCGCGCCAGCGGCAGGAGACCUCGACGCCGGGAGGCUUAUUUGAUUCCAGAGAGGUGGAGGAGCGAGCGGACGGGUCGAGGCGCGUGCAUCACGAGUUUGAGGAUCCGGCCACGGGGUUAACUUAUGUGAGGGAUCUGGAGGGGUGAAAAUUGUUGGGUGGGUGAAUGGACUGAAUAGAUGAGUUAAUUCGGUGGGUGAGAUGGCUGGUGUUGUGAGAUAGAUAUGUAUUGUUGUUGUUGGUGGGAUUGAUUAAUGUGUAGGUAGUGACUCGGGAUUCAAGAGAGACUGAGAUGGUCGACUCAGUGGUAAAUCGCUUAAAUAAGUA